CCGAGCAGCGGGUCAGCAGCUAAGGUGCAUUUCAGUCGAUAUUCGUUCGCAUCGCUUUCCGAAGAGACACGUGCGAACCGUACACAGUCCAUUCACGAUCCGAACGCGCACUCACUCAUCAAAAUGGAAUUGUCCAAAGAAGAUAUUGAACGCGUGAACUUCGUCUGGGGCAUCUACGACAGCACCAACGAAGGUGUCGAUGCUUUCUACUUGGGAGAUUUGCUCCGCGCUUUGGAAAUGAACCCAACAUUGGCCACCAUCGAAAAAUUGGGUGGAACCAAAAAGAAGGGCGAAAAGAAAUUGAUGGUGGACGAGUUCUACCCGAUAUUCGCUCAAGUGAUCAAAGACAAGGACCAAGGAGUGUACGAAGAUUUCAUUGAGUGCCUGAAACUGUACGACAAAGCCGAAGACGGUCACAUGAUCGGCGGUGAACUGACACACAUCCUCCUCUCCUUGGGAGAGAAAUUGACCGACGCGGAACUCGACGAAGUCGUCAAGGACUGCAUGGACCCCGAAGACGAGGACGGUAUGAUCCCUUAUGUCCCGUUUCUGGCCAAAGUUUGCGGAAAGCCCGUACCGGCCGACGACAACCCGUUCAACAAGUAAAACUAUAAAACUACACGCGCAUCGCUCCGACAUAAGCAAAUACACGUUAUUAUUUAUUUAUUAUUAUUAAUAUAAUUAUUAUUAUUAUUAUAUUAUUAUUAUUAUAAUUA